AUGUAUAUCAAGACCCUGACAAUUCAGGGAUUCAAAUCUUACCGUGAUCAAACACAGAUAGAGCCCUUCUCUCCUCGCCAUAAUGUCGUCGUAGGUCGGAAUGGCUCGGGAAAGAGUAACUUCUUUGCAGCCAUUCGCUUUGUAUUGUCCGAUGCAUAUACAUCCAUGUCCAGAGAGGAGCGUCAGGCCCUCCUGCACGAAGGUGUUUCAGUCACAACCACACUAUCUGCAUACGUCGAGAUCGUUUUCGACAACUCAGACAACCGCUUUCCAACUGGUCGCGAAGACGUCAUACUAAGACGUACCAUCGGUCUCAAGAAGGAUGAAUACAGUCUCGACAAGAAAAGCGCUAGCAAAGCCGACGUCAUGAAUCUCCUCGAGAGUGCUGGUUUUUCAAAGUCCAAUCCUUAUUACAUCGUGCCGCAAGGACGAAUUACCGCCCUUACAAAUGCGAAGGACCACGAACGUCUCGCCCUGUUGAAAGAAGUUGCCGGAACCAAAGUCUAUGAACAGCGUCGUGCCGAAUCUCUCCGUAUCAUGGCCGAAACUGACGCCAAGCGCACAAAAAUCAACGAACUCAUUGACUACAUCGAUUCUCGUCUCACGGAGCUAGAAGAGGAGAAGGAAGAGUUGCGUGAGUUUCAGGACAAGGACAAGGAACGCCGGUGUCUUGAGUAUGCACUGUAUCAGAGGGAGUUGGAGGAGGUUGGAGAGGCCUUGGAAGAGAUUGACGAAGAGAGGAGAGGCGAAGUACACGGUGCCAACAUGAGAAGGGAACAGUAUGAUACCAGAGAGAAGGAUAUUCAGCGCCUAGAGCAACAAAUCUCGCAAGCAAAACACUCCCUUCAAUCUCUCCAGAUAUCACGCAAAGAUGCACACUCAGAGCUCAACGAAUUCAUCCGCGCUCGUACAGAACUCGAAUGCAUCGUCGCCGAUCUCCGUGCAACAGGCGAGCGCGAUGACAGCGCUAUCAAGCAAGAACUUGCGUCCGUGCAGCAAGCAACGCGGGGAAAGGAGCGCGAACUUCGCGGUUUGAUUCCACAGUGGGAACAAGCCCGCACAAAAGAAAGUGCAGAAAAGCGAAAGAUGGAGGAAGCUCGUACUCAGCUUAACGCACUCUUUGCAAAGCAAGGCCGCGUCAACCGCUUCCGGACAAAGGCGGAGCGCGACACGUACCUCAAGCAGGAGAUCGCGAGUAUGGAGGCCUAUCAACGGACUCGCACUGCAGCCCUCGACUCCACCCGAAAGGACGUCGCCCAGAAAAAGCAGGAUGUUGCUGGAAUGGAGCGGAGGGUCGAUGACAUUCAGGGGAGCUUGGAAGACGGUAGAACACGCGUGAAAGAUAUUGGGGAGCAGCUUGCAGCACUCAAAGAACAGCAGAACGAACUUACUGAGCGCAGGAAGGAGUUAUGGCGUGAGGACACCAAGCUGGAUGGGUUACUAGCCCAUGCUAGUGACGAGCUGCGGGGCGCUGAGCGUAAUCUCGCGGGAAUGAUGGACAAAGACACCGGCUCUGGUCUCCGCGCCGUUGACAGGAUUAGAGAGCGACACAACCUGGAGGGCGUGUAUGGCCCAUUGUACCGUCUUUUCGAGAUACCAGACUCGACAUUUAGCACUGCUAUCGAACUUACCGCUGGAAACAGUCUCUUCCACGUCGUCGUCGAUACCGAUGCAACAGCACAGAAGGUCCUCGACAUCAUGCUACGAGAGAAAACCGGUCGUGUGACCUUCAUGCCUCUCAACCGCCUCAAACCAAAGCAGUCCAAUAUUCCUCCAAAUCAAGACGCCCUCCCUCUCCUCGAGAAGCUCACGUAUGAUUCUUCGCACGCUAAGGCGUUCCAGCAGGUAUUCGGCAAGACUUGGGUAUGCCGCGACCUCACAGUUGCUGCUGCAUACGUCAAGAGCCAUGGUGUUAACACCAUCACUUUGGACGGUGACAAGGUUGAUCGCAAGGGUGCGCUUACGGGUGGUUACCACGACGUGCGCCGUUCGCGCAUCGAGGCCAUCAAGAAUGUCGCGACAUGGCGCUCCAAGUUUGACGCAGAGGAUAAGCGUGCCAAAGAGAUUAAAGCUGCCAUCACGACGCUCGAGCAGGAGAUCACAAAGGUGACAGGGAAGAUCCAGGUUCUUAGCGUCCAGCAGGCUCAAGCUCGGGAAGCACGCGAGGUGCACCUCUCGGACUCGAUAUCGCUUUCAAGGGAACGCGAGAGAUUGAGCGAGCGCAUUGUGGCUCUGGAGAGUGAGGCGGAUGAAUUGGAGACAGAGCUCAGCGGCAUUGUACAGAGGCUGCAGGGAUACCGCACUGAGCUUGCGAGCCCUCUCACGCGGACACUGACAGAUGAUGAAGCCAAUCUGAUCGAUACUCUUGGUCAAGAAGUGGAUCAGAGGCGCAAGCAAGUGCUCGAGCUGAGCAAAUCGAGAACAGAACUUGAUAGCCGCAAAAACCUUUUGGAAAUUGAACUCAAUGAAAGCCUCCGGCGGAAGGAGAAAGAGUUGCAGGUGACAUUGGAGUCGUUGGGUGACUUGGAGAAUGGAGAGGUGUCAUCUGCCGAUAAUCUGGAUGCGCGAUUGCGCGAACUCAAGUCCCUUGACGCUUCUAUAGCCACUUCCACAAAGCGUGCACAAGAAGCAGAAAAGGACUUCGACAAAUUGACGGCUGACCUCCAGGAGCUUCGAUCCAACUUGGAGAAGGCUCAGAAUCAACAAUCUGAGGACAGUCGCAGCGUCAACAAACUCCAAAAGAACACCGAGCGAUACUUGGCCAAGAAACAGAUGCUUGUCGGUCGUAAGGAGGAGUGCAACCGCAAUAUCAGAGAUCUCGGCGUACUCCCCGAAGAAGCCUUUGAGAAGUAUACGAACGAAAAGCUUGAUCGACUGGUGAAGAAACUACACACUGUCAACGAAGGGCUGAAGAAGUUCGCGCAUGUGAACAAAAAAGCUUUCGAACAAUAUAAUUCUUUCACAAAGCAGCGGGACCAACUCUUGCAGCGCAGGGAAGAUCUAGAUAAGUCAGCCACAUCGAUCGAGGAGCUCGUACAAGUGCUGGACCAGCGAAAAGAUGAAGCCAUCGAACGAACAUUCAAACAGGUCGCCAGCAACUUUGAGGAGGUGUUCGACAAACUAGUUCCUGCUGGUCGUGGGCGUUUGAUCAUCCAACGUCGGAUAGACCAAGAUGAAGAUGACGCUAUGGACGAAGGAGACGACACACAGCAAAGUAGCAUCGACAACUACACUGGCAUAUCGAUAAAGGUAUCCUUCAACUCCAAGGUUGAUGAGGGACUUCGGAUACAACAGCUGUCAGGAGGUCAAAAAUCCCUCGUCGCACUCGCGACUGUUUUCGCCAUCCAGAAAUGUGAUCCAGCUCCUUUCUACUUAUUCGACGAGAUCGACGCAAACCUGGACGCACAAUAUCGAACUGCUGUUGCAAACAUGAUCAAAUCUCUUUCGCAUUCGGCUCAAUUCAUCACAACUACCUUCAGGCCGGAAAUGUUGGUUACUGCAGACAAGUUCUAUGGUGUGCUCUUCAACAACCAGAAGGUCAGUUCCAUCAGGAGUAUCAAGCGAGAAGAGGCCAUGGAAUUUGUUGACCAGGUUCGUCUUUAA